UUGCUGUCUGGGGGAGGAAACGCGAUGCCUUUUCCGCCCAAAUAGCCGCAUUUUCCGCCGCUUUUCCCCACUCAAACUUAUCCCUUGGUGCUCUACAAGUGUCCAGUGAGUGUAUUCCCUGUGAAAUCCAGUGAUUUUUGUGCCUUUUCGCUGUGGAAAAAGUGUCGUCGAAAAUGAAAGUCACAGGUGCUUUAGAUUAAUGGGCUGCGAGUGUGUCUUCCUGCAUAUUUGAUUCCGGGAAGAGAGAGUCCUCCAGGGGAAGGAAGGAAGGGUUCACUCUCGACUGAGUCACGCGUAAAAUGCUGCUCAGUGGCAUUUUGUGCAUCGCAGCGUGAGCAAUUUGGGUUUUAGAGAGAGAGUGAGAAACUGUUCAGUGGCCAGGAAGACGCUGAGACGCGAUGGCGGCGGAGAGUGAUGAGAUUGUGAGUGUUGUGGGCAACGGCGGCGCGGCGUCCGGCGGACAGCAGGGCGCGGACAGUGGCCAGGAGGCGAAGGAUGCCAAUGCGAAUGGUGAGACGGCGGCGGAGCAGGACAGCGGCUCGCGUGGCCAGGAAGCGAGUCGGAGUGUCAAUGGGAAUAAAUUCCGAGGCACACCGAGCUACUACGGUGACGUGUUGGAUCAUCGAUCCCGUGUUUUGGGCGGCGGCGACGACGAUGAUGACGGUCUUGGCCCAUUGCCCUACAAAUGGGAGAAAGCCUACACGGAGGGCGGCGAGGCGUACUUCAUAGAUCACAACACCGGCACGUCACACUGGCUGGAUCCGCGACUGUCCAAAUUCCAGAAGAAAUCCCUGGAAGAUUGCCUAGACGACGAGUUGCCGUACGGUUGGGAGAAGAUCGAUGAUCCGCAGUAUGGAACGUACUUCAUUGACCAUGUAAAUCGCCGGACGCAGUAUGAGAAUCCGGUGUUGGAGGCGAAGAGGCGCUUGGAGAGGAGUCGUCCGCCGAAGGGGCCGAUCUUCACGAGGAAUCCACUGGAGUUGAGAGGCGAGCGCAUCACGACGACGCUGCUGAAGUCAUCGAGAGGAUUGGGAUUUACCAUUGUGGGUGGCGAUGACAAUGUGGAUGAGUUUCUGCAGAUUAAGUCAAUUGUGCCGAAUGGACCGGCUUGGCUGGAUGGCAAACUGCAGACGGGCGAUGUUCUGGUGUACGUGAAUGACAUCUGCGUGCUGGGUUUCACGCAUCACGACAUGGUGAAUGUGUUUCAGUCAAUCUUGCCGGGUGAAACGGUGCCGCUGGAGGUUUGCCGAGGCUAUCCAUUGCCAUUUGAUCCAAAUGAUCCCAACACGGAAGUGGUGACGACGAUUGCCGUGGAUGGGAUUAACAGUGAUCCGGAGAAGGCGAGAAUUCUCAUGGAUCUCAACAUGGAUGGGAAUUACAAUUUCCUCGAUAUGAGCGAUCCGGUGAGUCCGCCGGGCGCCAUGGGCGGUGCGAAGAGUCCGCUGGCCAGACUGCAGGCGGAUGGCUUCUUUGCGGAUGGCAAGAGUGAGCCGGAAGUGCACAAUAUCAGCAUUGUGAAGGGCGCAAUGGGCUUCGGCUUCACCAUUGCCGACAGUGCGUACGGGCAGAAGGUGAAGAAGAUUCUGGACAGGCAGUGCUGCAAGAAUCUACAAGAGGGUGACAUUCUCCUGGCCAUCAAUUCCAUUGGAGUGAAGCAGAUGACGCACAAUGAAGUGGUGCAGGUGCUGAAGGAUUGUCCCAAGAGUCAGGAGGCUGUUCUGAAGGUGCAGCGCGGACAGUUUCUUCCAUCCGGCGCUGCGGGGAAGAACAAUUCGUUGACUGGUGAGAGGAAGAUGCUGAAGAAGAGCAGUGAUGGAUUGUUUAGGUUUGGAAAGGAUGGCGGAUUGUUCAGGAGUAAGACGCCAACGGCUGAUUUGUACAGCACGCAGCCGAAGGAGAUUCUGCCAACUAGACCAAAAACACCACUUGUGGACACACGAGCGCGCGCCAAGACGCCCUCAAAUGAGCUCAACACCGACGAGGCGUCCGGCGGAGUGGAGAAAGUGACGGAAAAGGAGGGAAUUCCAGUGGAUUCCAAGUCAAACACCAGCUUUGCCGAUCAUGAUUCCAUCAACAAUGACAUCCCGUACAUUGAUCCCUUCCCAAAGAUGGUCAUGGCGCUCACGGACAGACUGUCGGAGGCAAAUAUCAAUCCGCAGCACGAUAAGUAUCAUCAGGAUCGCCUCCACUCGGCCAGCAAGACGUUCGCCUCAAGUCAAUCGGAUCUCAACAACUACGAUCACAUUGGUGCGGAUUUCUACGUGAAUGCACCCGGUUUUGGCGUCGGUCCGGUGCCACUGAUGGCGCCCAUUCCCACCUACCAUCAGGACACGUGCUACUGCUUCGAGUGCCAGGACUUCAAUCGGCAGCAGAUGGAGUACAUGCAGCAGCAGCAGAGGAACAUGUAUUGGCAGCAGAAUGGGCGCGCGAGGAAGGUCAAUGAGUACCUGAUGGACAGACGGCGGGCGGGCUUCAGUCCGCUGGAGAGUCAUCAGGGCAUGUGGAAGUUGGGUCAGGUGUCGCCGGGUGAGGGAGGAUUUGUGCAGGCGCCGAUUCAGGAGGAAUAUGCUCUGUCUGAGGUGACACUUGAGCGCCAAACUCUGGGCUUUGGCUUCAGAAUUGUCGGUGGCACUGAAGAGGGAUCUCAAGUCACUGUUGGUCACAUUGUUCCCGGUGGAUCGGCCGAUCGUGAUCCUCGAAUUGCGACUGGAGAUGAAAUUCUCAGCAUUGAUGGUGUGAAUGUGGUUAAUGCGUCACAUCAUCGUGUGGUGCAAUUGAUGGGCGAGGCGGCUUUGCGUGGCCAAGUGACGAUGAUCCUGAGGCGGAAGACGGUGCAGAAGCACAAAAUCUAUCCCUAUGACAUCAUUGUGAGUCGCAAUGAGAAUGAGGGCUUCGGUUUUGUCAUCAUUUCGUCCACAAGUCAGUACUAUGGAUCGACAAUUGGGAAACUCAUUCCCGGCAGUCCGGCUGAUCGGUGUGCUGAAUUGAAGGUUGGCGAUCGAAUUGUGGCGGUGAAUCGGAUUGAUAUUGCCGGAAUGAGUCAUGGCGAUGUGGUGAAUCUCAUCAAGGAGUCGGGAUUGCAUGUGCGAUUGACCAUUGGCAGUCCGCAGGUCGUGAACAGUCAGCAAAUGAAGGCGCCAGUGAAGAAUGAGGGAUUCUUUGUCGACGCUCGCUUCGCUGGUGUGCCAAAUCAUCCUCAAUUAUGACUCUGAAAGUGGCACAGGAGACGCUCAAAGUCUCCCUGUUGGCACUGCAUUGUCUAAUGAUGUUUGAUGGAUGAUGAUGAUUGAAUAUUUUUGGUAUAGAAUUAGGAUGGAAAAAUUCUUGUAUUCACACCGAUUAUUGACAGUUAAUCUCAAAGAGAUCUCCAAAACAAUUUCACAUUUUAUUGGGUAUUUUAGAGGACAAUUGUGUACUUAAAAAGAGAAAUGAAGCAAUAUUAAUUGGUGAAAUUGUGUACAAAAGCAGAUUCAAUUUCAUCUUAUAAGAGAAAGGAAA